CGCGCGCGAACGUGUGGUGAUAGUUAUGUGUUCAAAUGACUGGUGCUUCAGUGUGCAAAACAUUUUGGAAUCGUUGUGACGGCUCACAACAAACAGUGUAUUCGCCUGAUCAAUAGCAAUGCCAGGACACGCAGGAAGUCCCUACUGGGCUGCCGUUGAUUUCGAUAGCGAAGGUGAAGAAGCCCAAACGCCACCAAGCAAUCACCGGGUGUACCUAGAUCCUUGGGACAACGAGGCUUACGGAAUGAUGCAAGCGGAGACAGCAGAAUCCAGUCAAGGAGAGAACUUCAAUUCGUUUGCCGGCGAGCCAGUCAGUGCUAGUUUUUACUAUGUGCCCACGAAAAACUAUGAUUCUGGAGAAGAGCCGCCACUACCGCCGCCCAGAUGGAAGAGGGCUCCGCCUGAAGAAAUAAUUGCCCCUGAAUAUGCAAUUUAUGGUCGGAAAGCAUCCCGAACUAUCGUCCCUGACUUUCCUCCUGAGGCAAUAUAUGGGGAACGACCAAUAAGAGACAGAAGAAGAUCGAUGUUCAUAGAAGAGCCGACUUACGUUCCUCAUCCAAUGUUGUAUGAGCCACUUUACGGUGGGAUGAUACCACCAGGAUACAUGCCUCCACCUCCCCGAACUCGUAUGUCACUCUCUCACCCCCCAGAAUAUGUGAUGGCAGGCCUUGGAUAUCCGAACAGUAGGAGGCAUUCCAGGAUGACUGAGGCCUACGAGCAAUUUGCCUACGAGAGCCUGUCUCCUGAAUAUGAAGACUGGGCAAGACCUUUUCCAAAGACCGCUCCUGACAAUUUCCAUUUAUCAAGAUAUGGUCACCUACAGAUCGACUAUUCUUGUAGCUGGAACUCUCUCGACAGGCUUAUUCGUAGCCAGCAUCGGGGUUAAUCACAUAAAAUCAAAAAAUGAUUGAAAUCAGAGAACAAAAAAUUAGACCGUAUGCAUAAAUUAAGCUCAUAAUGCAUGCAUGCAUGUCUAAAAUGAGUGCGGUGUAAACAUAUCUAGUGAUUGCUGUGUUUUUUGGAUUUUGUUGCAGAUCCAUGCUCAUUAUUCUAAAUUAAAACUGAAAAUGUAGAAUAGAUACUAAGUAUAAUAGCUACGUGAUAGUGUGCUCACCGUCAGACGGAUGGAACGGUUUGAAAGUUUGUUCCGGAUAUUCUAAAAACUUCAAACGCAUCCCUGCACAAGCAAUGCUACUUUUAAACGAACAUUCUGAAUCGUAUCAUAUAGAAGCCGUUAGAGACACGUAAACUGUAGUUUCUAUGUACAUAAUCCACAAAUGACUGUAGUUUGGACCCUUAAAGAGUUAUUUUGAGUGUCCAUUUAUUCGGUUAGUAAAUGACAACUAUGUAGGUAAUCUUUCCUCAUUUUUAUGGUUUAGAAAAUAUAACUUCCGCAUUUUCGCUCUGUUUAUAAUAAUCAAGAUCAAUUUAAGGUAGGUAGGUACUUUAGGUAACGAUUUUUAAUAUUGUGAGAGGCUUUUUGCUUACGUAAGUUAGUUUAAUUGUUUUGAAGUAAGGUGCUAAAUAAAUUGUUAAUUUUGUUCGUCUUAUGACAUAAUCUGAGAAACUAAAUGUUAGCCAA